AUGGAUGACAAAGAAAACCGGAUAACCACCGGAAGAAGGGCAUCCAAGAAAAGACUCAAUGAAUCCGUGGAAGGGAUUUCCAUGUCAAAGAAGCGGGUUGUGCUGGGUGAGCUCACUAACACUUCGUCCAACGCGACCGGGUUGACAAUAAAAUCUGGUUCGGGCAAAUCCCGGAAACCCAUAUUCGUGCCUGAACCCCAAGAGAAGGUCGGGGAGUUGGUUGAUGAAACAGUGAAUACUUCUAUUGAUGUGAAUGUUGAUUUCCAUGUUAUCCCUGAAACUGAUGAAUCGCAAAAAAUUGGACUCGCUCAUAUUAUGUAUCGGCAUCUUCACUCCCUGGAGGUAGAGGCAAAGAGAAGACCUUCGUGUAAUUACAUGGAGAAGGUUCAGAAGGAUAUAACACCAGCUAUGCGAGAGAUUCUGGUUGAUUGGUUGGUUGAGGUUGCAGAGGAAUUCAAACUUCUUUCGGACACCCUUUAUCUCACUAUAAAUUAUAUUGAUAAAUAUCUGUCAGCUCAUGACUUACGUAGGAAUAAGCUUCAGCUUCUUGGUGUAUCUUGCAUGCUUGUUGCAGCGACAAUUUUCAGUUCCACUUGGUUUGAAGCUUUUGUAAAGGCUGGAUGUUCCCAUCAAAUAGACCUACAUGCAGAGAACUCUGAUCUUCAAGCGCCUGGUGGUGCAGAAGGUACCAUGGGACAGCUCGCAGCAGGCUCGAACAUUGAUUGCCAAGUGAGAUGUCAGCCUAACUCCAGCCAUGUUGUGCAGAGGCAUCAGUGA